GUUUACCAAGCAAGACUUUUAAAACAAACAUGGAUGACUAUGACACUGAGGAAUUUUAUGAAUAUCCAGAAGAGAUGGGAAGAAAUACUCAUUUUGACGGUCAUAUGCCUCCUAUGCAUGAUAAUUUUAAUAGAAUGUGGGGUUCCUCGGGAGCAUUUGAAAAAUUUGCCCAGGGAUCUCUUACAACUGAUCUCAUCGGACUAUUGUGGCCUGUGUGCGGUGGAGUUUGAUACUUUUGCUCUGGCUCGCGUGCACUACAACUCUAAAAACCAUCUGAAGAAUCAAAAGAAAUGGCAGCUGAACCGGGGCCAUGGAGGUCAGGGCAUGGGCCCACUCAAAUCUCGGGACCUGUACUGCGAGUUGUGUGACGUGGAAAUCACUUCGAAGGUGCAUUCUCAAUCCCACUACUCGGGAAAAGCUCACAGGGCAAUCGUCGAAGGACGCCGAAAUCCAAAAAAUCCAAUUUUGGUUCAGCCUGGUAUGGAAGAUCGCGUAAAGCAACUCGUGCGGCGCGAGAAAAGGUUUCUGGUGUCUGAAGACAUUGAUUCCGCUGAAGCGGCGACAUCGGACCUUAUCGAUAUUAAGGACAGGAUCCCACCGGAAUUGCAUUGCGAUAUUUGCAAGACGUUUGUGACCUGUACGGAGCAGAUGACACUUCACUUGAAUGGCAAGAAGCAUCUCAACAAGGAGAAGCAGCACAUCUUGAAAAUGAUGAAGGGCGAGGCCAGUGGAAAUGAUGAACCAGCCAAGUCCACCGCCAAUAAUGAUGAUGAUCUGCUGCGAACCCUCGACCAUGUACUUGAAAAACUACCGCCAAUAGAAGACGAGGAUCUGAGAGAAGAUGAGGCAGUGGAAGAGGAAGACGGAGCUGGUGAAGAUUGGGAGAAGUCUGGUGAAAAAUGGGACGAACCAGAAACACUAUGUUCUUAGGCGCUUGCAUGUGCGGACUUGGUCGUUACAACUGGUUCUGAAAAUUGAGAAUAUUGUUAAUAAAAUAAAUGUAUGUGUGCAA